AUGGCCGAGAAGUCCGAGGUCACGGGCGUUGCGCACGCGCCCUUCUCACUUGUGCAGUACGAGGACCCGGUCCUUCUCGAGCCCAACCCCCACGUCGACUUUACCUACGCGCUACCCACCGAGCAGACGCUCUCGGAGCCGCUGCUGUCGCCCGAGAUCAUGCACGCGAUGCUGCCACCUCGCGAGUGGAAGGAGUUUAGUGGUACGUGGCGGCAGCACGUCUCGAUGGUGCCAAGCACCCGUGCCGACGUUGUCGCCUUGCAGGAGCUACUCGAUACGAUGCUCGUGCAAGAGCAGACAAAGAAGCAAGGCAUCUGCGCCAAUCGAGAGCGGCUCCACGCCCAAGCGUUUGUAGACGAGGUCAUUCGGCAAGUGACCCUGGCGUGUCCCGAGCGCGGUCUUUUCUUGCUGCGGAUCCGAGAUGAGAUUCGCAUGACGAUCGAAGCGUACCAAGCGCUGUACAACACCAGCUUGUCGUUUGGCAUCCGCAAGACUGUCAUGGCCGAAGAAGGCAUGCAAGCGAUUGACGACAAGGUGCGGACGCUCCAAGCGAGCAACGUCGAGCUCCGCGACGCCAAGAGCCACUGGAUGCACCGCCUCAAAGUGCUGGAGCACCAGUAUGCGACCGAGCGCGAGGCCCGCGCGACGCAGCAAGCGAACGUUGUCAGCCUGCUUCGGGACCAGAUUCAGCAUUUCCAAACGUUCGGCGAGCUCCGAGACGCUCAAUAG